GCCGUGGCUGGGCUGCGCCUCUCUUCUCCUCUCGGUGGGGCCCCGCCGUUUGGGGACGGGCCCGACUGGCCAUGCCGGAGCGGGGCUGAGGCGGCUUGCGGAAGCGGGGAGUGGGCGGUGCCCGGCGCGCCGCCUUCUUUCCUCCCUUGCUUCCUUCCUUCGCGGGAAGGAGGAAGAUGAGGCGGAGGCCUGAGGAGGGGCUGAGCGCGCGGCGCGGGGCGGCUUCCCUCGCGGCCGCCGGGGCAAGAUGGCAGCGGCUGAGGCGGAGGCGGCGGGCCGAGGAGGAGGCUGAGCCCGGCCUGGGCUUGUAGGGGCCGCUCCCCGGGCAUGGUGGCCUCGGCAGGCGCAGGGGGGACUGUGGCGCUGCUCCUGCUGCCGCCCGCUCUGUGAAGAAGACACUAGGUGGGAUGAUAUGCUUGAUGGCUAAAAUCCUUGGAAUAAUGGAGAAGUAAGGACAGAUAAUUGGACGGAGCAGUAGAGGGGUAUGGCCUCACAAGUCUUGGUCUAUCCACCAUAUGUUUAUCAAACUCAGUCAAGUGCCUUUUGUAGUGUGAAGAAACUAAAAGUGGAGCCAAGUAGUUGUGUGUACCACGAGAAAACCUACCCGCAGAUCUAUGUGAAUGGUAAACAUUUUGGAAUCGCUCAGCCUCCCAGUAGGAUUGGUACUUUUUUGCAGGCUACAAAUCUUUUUGACAGACCUCGAAGAGAUCCUUGUUUGUUGCAGACCAGUGCUGUGGCUUUAAAAAAUAUUGCAGGUGCUACCAAGAUACUAGUAGUGCAGGCGCAGCAACCUCAAGUGGAAGAACCUUGGCCUGGCACGCAGGAAGAUCUAACAAUCUUGGACCGCCCCCAGCGAUGUGGACUGAAGCGUAAGAGUGAAGACUUGGAGAGUCAGAGCGACACAAUGCAGAUUGUUGAUGAACUGCCUAUAUUACCUGCAAUGUUGCAAACAAACUUGGGAAACCCAGUGACGGUUGUGACGACUGCAACUUCGAAACCAAGUAGUACCAGUGGAGAUGGCGAUUAUCAGUUAGUGCAUCAUGAGGUCUUAUGCUCUGUGAAAAGUACUUACGAGGUUCUUGAUUUCCUUGGGCGAGGGACUUUUGGACAAGUAGUAAAGUGCUGGAAAAGAGAGACGAAUGAAAUAGUGGCAAUCAAAAUUCUAAAGAACCAUCCGUCUUAUGCACGUCAAGGACAAAUAGAAGUGAGCAUAUUAGCACGACUAAGUACAGAGAAUGCUGAUGAGUUUAAUUUUGUGAGAGCGUAUGAGUGUUUUCAGCAUCGGAACCAUACUUGCUUAGUUUUUGAGAUGUUGGAACAGAAUUUAUAUGACUUUCUGAAACAAAACAAAUUUAGCCCUCUUCACCUAAAAGUAAUACGGCCUAUACUGCAACAGGUGGCCACUGCACUGAAAAAACUAAAAAGUCUUGGUUUAAUACAUGCUGACCUCAAACCAGAAAAUAUUAUGUUAGUAGAUCCAGUCCGGCAGCCUUACAGAGUUAAGGUGAUUGACUUUGGGUCUGCUAGCCAUGUAUCAAAGACUGUCUGUUCAACGUAUUUGCAGUCUCGGUACUACAGAGCACCAGAAAUCAUAUUGGGUUUGCCGUUUUGUGAAGCCAUAGACAUGUGGUCACUGGGCUGUGUGAUUGCAGAACUGUUCCUCGGUUGGCCACUGUAUCCAGGAGCCCUUGAAUAUGACCAGAUUCGUUAUAUUUCGCAAACACAAGGCUUGCCUGCAGAACAGUUGCUGAACAUUGGAACAAAGACCACACGAUUUUUCUGUAAAGAAACAGAUGCACCAUAUUCUAGCUGGAGAUUAAAAACAUUGGAAGAGCAUGAAGGAGAGACAGGGAUGAAAUCUAAAGAGGCCCGAAAGUACAUUUUCAACAGUUUGGAUGAAAUAGUGCAUGUGAACAUGGUGAUGGAUUUGGAAGAAAGUGACCAGUUGGCAGAGAAAGCAGAUAGAAGAGAAUUUGUCAGCUUGUUGAGGAAAAUGCUGUUGAUAGAUGCUGACUUAAGAAUCACUCCGGUUGACACACUGAACCAUCCCUUUGUGACCAUGAAGCAUCUCCUUGAUUUUCCCCAUAGCAACCAAGUGAAAUCCUGUUUUCAUAUCAUGGACGUUUGCAAAUAUCGAUCAAAUUCGUAUGAUAUGAAUAACCGCAAUAAAACCGCGCACCUGCGACCAGUUGCCUCAAGUAAUGCACCAAGCCUGACAGCUAACUUUGCCAAAAUGGGAGCAGUUCGAAAUCACGCAUUAGCUGCAUCUACCCAUUCGGUUUUGCCCCAUGGAAUACCACUACAGGCAGGAGCUGCUCAGUUUGGUUGCAGUGAUGCUUUUCAUCAAACACUGAUUAUAUGUCCCCCUGCUAUUCAAGGAAUACCUGCUAAUCAUGGGAAGCCCAAUGGAUACUCUAUAAGAGUAGAUAAUGCAGUGCCAUUAGUGACACAGGCCCCAACUCUACAGCCACUCCAGAUUAGAGGAGUUCUUUCUCAGACCUGGUCUAAUAGAGCUCAGCAGAUAUUGCUUCCUACAUGGCAACAAAUAACCCCUGUGGCUCCUGCAACAACACUGGCUUCUGAUUCUGUGGCUGGCCCACAGGCACUUGGAGACUGGGGGAAGAUGCUGCCUCGUUGCAACCAUUACAACUCCGUGAUGACCCAGUCUCUCUUAACCAAUCAGAUUACUUUAUCUGCUCCUCAACCAAUCAGUGUGGGCAUUGCUCAUGUCGUCUGGCCUCAGCCCACACCAACCAAGAGAAAUAAAGUGUGCCAGAACAGGAGUAAUGUGUUACAAAAUACCAAUAUCCAAAAUUCAGCAUUUAUGUCUCCAAAGAUAUUUAAUGUGAAAACUGGUGAAAAAGUAAGUUGUGUGGAAACACAGGACAAUCAUAACUCAGAGGGUCAGGAAAGCAACUGUUGCAAACCAUCUGUCCAGAAGAAUGCUGAUUCAUCUGUUUCAAACAAACAGCGCCAGGCUAUCAUCAUUGCAGAUUCCCCAAGUCCAGCAGUCAGUGUGAUCACUAUUAGCAGUGACACAGAUGAAGAGGAUGUGGCACAAAAGCAUUCAGUGGCAGAAUGUAAAGGUAACCUAGAUUGUGAAGCCUGCCAGAGUACGCUAAAUAUUGACCGUGUGUGUUCCCUAAGCAGUCCUGACAGCACUUUGAGUACUAGCUCUUCUGGACAGUCCAGCCCAUCUCCUUGUAAGAGACCUAACAGCAUGUCAGAUGAUGAACAAGAAAGCGGCUGUGAUACUGUGGAUUGCUCUCCGAGUUCAGACUCUUCAGGUCAUGACAGUCCAUUCCUAGAAAAUGGUUUUCCGGAAGACACCACUGAAAACCCAGAAACUAGAAGCUCAGCUAACCUGGAAGCCAAACCAGCAGUCCGCACUGUAGUUGUGCCACCAAGGAGGAUACAGAAUAGGUUAAAUGCAGAUGUGCAGAUCACAAAUGCAGUUAACACCUGCCAGCCACUUGUAAAACGUAGACCUACCCGUGUAAAAAUGAACCAUCCUUCUGGCUUGGGUAACCGUCAGCGCAAGUUGGCAUCAGCAUUCCACCAGCAGCACUCAAACCUCAGUCAGGUUCAACACUUUGGAGGUGGGACUCAGGAGUGGAAUGGAAACUGUGGUCACUGGAGGCAGCAGACAUACAUCCCAGCAAAUGUUGCCAGCCAUGCAUUCACUAUUCAACACGGAAGUCCCACUCACAGUUCGGUCCAUGCACAUUUGGCUGGAAGUACCCAUCUUGGAGGACAGCCUGCUCUUCUACCUUAUCCAUCCUCUGCACCCUUGAGUACUGCUGCCCCGGUUGCCCACAUUCUGGCCUCGCCAUGUACCUCAAGACCGAUAUUACAGCAUCCCACUUACAGUAUCUCUCAUCACGGUGGCCUAGUUCACCAGGUCCCGGUGGGCAUAAACCCCCGACUGCUGCCUUCCCCCACCAUUCAUCAGACUCACUACAAACCAAUUUUUCCACCACAUUCUUACAUUGCAUCCCCUGCUUAUACAGGAUUUCCACUGAGCCCAACAAAACUCAGCCAGUAUCCAUUUCUGUGAGACUCAUGUUAACAGCAUGCUGAUGAAACUCAGUGAUGCAUACAUUUGGUUUGAGAGGAGAACAUGGUAUUUAAUAAAUAUUAGCCAUGGCACAAGAAAAUUAUUUUUUUUAAUCAUGUUAGACUUGGGUGCAAUUUAAACAACCUUGAGCUUUAACUCACUUUUAAUGUGUUUUUGCACAUUUGGUAUAAAUUUGUCUUUAGUCAUGUUAUCUUCUUAUAGAGUAACUCCAGACAGGUGACUUAUGGGAGCAGAAAUCCAGUUUUGCUCCUACUAUUUUUUAUAAAAUUGCCUUCUAACUAGUGUGAGACACGUCUACAUUUGGGAAGCCAUUGAGUAUACAGAUUUAGAGCAACAGAUGCACAUGUGUCAUCAGUAUCAUGUAUGAGUAACUUGUUUGUAUUAUGUAUCUUGAUGUUCAGUGUCGAGUCACUUAUCUAAAAAGAUUGCGCUGUUUUUCACAUUGCAUGUGUCCUUUGCAUGGGCAAAAAUAAAGUUGCCUAGAAAUUUGCUCUUAAAUGUUGGUGUCCUAAUAAUCUCAGCUGCAUUGUAAACAGUUCCCACACAUAGUGCCUUAAAUAUUUGAAGUUGUUAAUGUUACUAUAUUAUAAAUGUUGAGGACUGCAGCACUUAACAUUCAGAUUUGCUGAUUAUUUGGUAGAGUAUUGCGUGCUCACUUACCUUUUUCUUUUCUUUUUUUAGUUUUGUGUGGUAUGAGUUUAGUACUGAGUGUGAUUUCUUUAUCUAGAGGGCAGCAUGUUUUGCUGUAGCUGAAUUCUGCUGUCUGAUAUUUCCCCCCAGAAUGAUCAGCUUUGAGAAGACCAUUUUGUAGUACUUAGGAAAAGUUUAUUCAGUAGCUGUUGAAUAAAAAACAAUAUUUUAUACUAUUCAGUGGAACUGCAAUACAAUCUAGGUAGUUUAUUUUCAAAGUGUUUAUGUCCAACUGGAUUUAAUAACCUGUUUAGAGGUGCAGUAGGCAUGACUUGGCUAGAUUAUGAAAGAAAAUAAAAGCAAAAUGCUCAUUGAUUCAUGCUGUGGUUUCAUCUUAGCUUGAGCAAACCAUGCAGUAUUUAAUAAAUAUUAGUGGAAUAUUUACUAUUGAUGCUUGAAAAGAUGUGAGUACUUUGUGUGCAAUUUUUCAUUUAUGCAUGGGAGAGAUUUUAGCCUUUUUACAUUGUAGUAUUUGUUCUAGCCUUUUGGAGAUUUUCUGUUUCUUCUUAUUUAAUACAUUCCGUCAGGGACAACAAAUUACAUGCAUUUUUUUUUCUGUAGGAAGUGCAUCUUUUCUGUGUUUUUGUUCUUGUUCAAAUGAAAUUGCUUUUGCAGCACCAAAGACUUAAUCAUCCAUUUCCUAUAAAAGGUAGCUACUUUUUUCAUAGACCUCAAGUAUACUGUAGUGCUAGGAUGGGUUUCAAGAAAGGUAUUAAAGUGAGGCUGUGAUCUAGCUUAUGAGGCAAAUAAUAAAUUGUAUCAUUUAUCUUGAAUGUAUCAUAGAUAAGCUGCUAUAUAAUGAUUGCCACUUCAGAUAGCUGUGAAAUUAAGUGGUUUAACUAGUUCUUAGCCUUCUAAUUUCUGUACAAGUCUAAUUACAUGAAAUGAAAAUAGAGGGGUUGAUUUUUGUUUUGUUUGCUUUCAUGUUUGGAGUGUUGUAACUACUAUACUGUAAAUGAUGAAAGAUAAUUGCAUAUGUUAAUUUGGGGUGUGUUAUUUGCAUCAGUAUUUUAUCUCCAUUACCUAUCAUUGCAUAUAAUGUGGAUGUAUCCUUGUAAUUUAAUUUUUAUGUAUGCGUAGCCACAUUGUGCAAACACUUACAACUACUAAACUUUUUUAUGUUUCUGGAAUACAGUUUUUGCAACAUAGACUGGAAUAGGAGUGCAAAGGGUUUCUUUCAGGCCCAAUCCUAAACCUGCUUCCUUCAAAGUAAACUCCACCUAGAUCAGUGGGGCUUACUUCUACGGACGGAGUGCAAAGGGUUGUAGCCUUUUCAGGCUAAUAGCUGAUUGAAUUUUUCUUUGCUCCAUUAACACAAGCAGUGUUUUAUUUAAUGAAUGUCUGAGUGAAAUAAACGUGCCUAUAUUUGAUUUACUUAUAAUAACUUAAUUACAACAGUAUUACUGUAUAAACCCCAGACCAUUUUAAGGCAGAACAUGGAAAUAAACCUUUCCAACAGCUCUUGGGCCACAGUCAGAGAGCCAGAGCUCUUCAUGGCUAAUGAGACAUUGCUUGCUUGCUUUCUGUCUUCCUUCCUUCCUUCCUUCCUUCCUUCCUUCCUUCCUUCCUUCCUUCCUUCCUUUUAUUUCUUUUGUCUCCCCCAACAUAUAUAGCAAAUCACUUAAGCUUGGGAAGCUUAAGACUAGUUUGUGUUAUGACAUGGGAGAGCUGCUAUUCAAAUGAGAAGAGUAGAAAGUACUACUGGAUGCACAUAACAGCCUUGGGCAUAAUGGAAUGCUCUGGACUUCAGCUUCAGUCAUUUCUCAUAAAUUAUUUUAUGCAUUUUGUAUAAGUACAAAUGUGUGCAUGUAUCUCUUAGAAACUCGAGUAACCUGGUUAAAUUGUUUCAGCAUAUUCUGAAGCUUAGGCAGAGGAAAUUGAACUAAUCAAGUAGAUUUGUCAUGCUCCUUGACAUUUGUGAUUUCAGCAAAUCCCUGUUUUUUGAUAACUUUUUGGUGUUGAGAAUGAAAUUUCUUGGUGCUGCCUCCAUUGCUGGCAUUGGACUCACUAGGAACUAGGAACACAUCAGAAGUUAUGUUACUUUUCUAUAAGAAUAACAAAACAAAACAAAGAUUGUCUUCAUUACUUGGAUCUUUCUUUCUCUAAAAUAUUUACUGUGCUUUUAAACUGUGUUUAGGAAAUAAAGCUAAUGUAUUUUGGCACAUAGUGCCAGGUUAAACAUGAGACCUCUUUUAUCUGUAUACUCCAAAUGAAGCCUGUGACACCUAACAUAUUGUAAAACAGUAAGUAGGUUUUUUUUUCUUUUGAGAAACUAUAAAUGAGAUCUGGCACCACCAAGACUGAGCAUAAAGUGCUACUCUGCAGCCAAUUCUGUAAUGAGAGUUGAAGUGAAAGUUCAGAUCUUUUUCUGUCUCUGAGGCUAUAGUCCACAGUUUCACUUUGAAACCUUUGCUCUGUGAAAUACUUUGGUUUCGUGGCUGUGGCUUUGGAGGACCAAGGCUCUGUCUGCAGAGAAUGAGACUAGGCAAAAGUCUAAAUCUGCACUCAAAAUAAUACCAGACAAAUACACCUGUAUAUCUCAUUGUUCUAAUGCCUUUUAAAUAAAACACUGCACGAUAUCAAAAUUGCAUAUGGUUUUUAAUUUGGAGAUCGGUUUUUAUAUUCCUUGUAUUCUGUUUUUAACUUUAAUUCAGGGUGUGUUAUUGAUCAAUUAUACUACUGUAUUAACUAAUUAUUUUGUUUUUAAUUUUUAAAUAUUCUGUAUUUACUGCUAAUUUUAACUUGGUUUGUGUUAAGUAAGAGCGAAAAUCACACUGCAAGCUAUAGAAAGAUUUGUUUAGUACUAAUGAUAGAGAUUUGGUUAUUAAGUUUGAACUGUUACAGUUUUAACAAUUAUUUGUAGACUUGUGGCUUUUUUGUUCUUGAUUUCUGUGCUACACUAGUUUGCCAUGUAGCAAUUGCACUGUGCAAUAUUACAAUAAGAGGACUGGGAAAAUUUUUAUGGAUGUAAUGUUUCCUACAGUUUGCGAUAGUAUUUCUCUCUAGUUCUCAGUGAUUUAAAUGUGACCAAGCCUUCUGUACUUUGUCACAAAAAGCGGGUUUUCCAGGUGACUAUUUUGGUGAGUGUCAAAAUAAGAAUUUAUGGUGUAUUACUGUCAAGAUUCACUUUGAAUUAAAAUAUAUAUUGCAGCAAA